AUGCGGGCAGUGGAUGCUACUUCUACCGCAACCCCGGUCUCUACAGCGGAGGUUGAUGCUUCCCAAGAGGUCAACCAGGUGUUUGAACCGGCUGAUACGUCACCCUCCCGAAGCGAGGCUGCCGCUGUGCAGCCCGUCGUCGGGAUCAGUCAGAGAGUGCAGAUGAACUCCAAAGAGAAGAAGGACUUAGGGACACUAGGUUAUGUGCUGGGGCUGAUCAUGAUGGUGAUAAUCAUCGCCAUUGGAGCUGGUAUUGUCGUGGGAUAUGUCUACAAGAGGGGGAAAGACCUGAAGGAGAAGCAUGAGCAGAAGGUUUAUGAGCGUGAAAUGCAGCGCAUCACACUGCCACUGUCAGCUUUUACCAACCCAGCGUGCGAGCUUGUGGACGAGAACACCAUCGUGGUGCACACCAACGAGACGCCCCUGGAGGACGGCCGCGACGGGAGCGGGCCGCUCAUGGAGCAGGCGGGUACACCUGGCGCCUGA